AUGAAAAUACACACCGGUGAAAGACCUUUUUCGUGUAAUAUCUGUGAAUAUAGAUGUAUUAGAAAAAGUCAUUUGCAAAGACAUAUGAAAAUACACACCGGUGAAAAACCUUUUUCGUGUAAUAUCUGUAAAUAUAGAUGUAUUACAAAAAGUACUUUGCGAACACAUAUGAAAAUACAUACUGGAGAAAAACCUUUUUCGUGUAAUAUCUGUGAAUAUAGAUGUAUUACAAAAAGUAAUUUGCAAAGACAUUUAAAAACACACACUGGAGCAAAACCUUUUUCGUGA